GCGUGAGAGAGAGGGUCAAAAAUUGGUGGGAGGGAGAAACCGAAUUGAUGUAGGAGCGAGCGAGAGAGAUUGAGUGAGACGGGUGGUCGCUGUGGUUAGAGUGAGCGAGCCAGCGACUGAGCUCCUCCUUCUCCUUCUCGCAACUCUUUUGUCACACUCGAGCGCGAUCGGAAGACAAGUCAAUAAAUAAUCAACAAUCAACAUGGCCGCUGAGAUCCGUCGUCGCCGCACCGUCGCUGGAUAUUGCGCUGAACAAUGACGACCGCCGCCGUCUCCUCGCGUUCUUUCACCGUCGUCACCACGUCUUCGCCGUCCGCGUGCCGUCGUUGACCGCCAGCCACCGCGAGGUUCACUGCGUGCGCGCCCCCGUCACCGCAACCGCAGAAUUCCGCUCCGUCGCAGCCGACACAGCCACUUAGCACCACGUUUCAGGUGUAUUAGAUGAUCGACGAGCGAUGGAACUAAGGGUUGGUAAUAAGUACCGACUUGGACGGAAAAUCGGCAGCGGAUCGUUUGGCGACAUCUACCUAGGUACAAAUAUUUCUACAGGAGAAGAAGUAGCCAUAAAAUUAGAAUGUAUAAAAACGCGGCAUCCACAGCUGCACAUAGAAUCCAAAAUUUACAAAAUGCUCUUAAGAGCACCUGGAAUACCUAUAAUAAAAUGGUGUGGUUCCGAGGGCGAUUACAAUGUAAUGGUCAUGGAAUUACUAGGUCCAUCAUUAGAGGACCUUUUCAAUUUUUGUUCCAGAAGAUUUUCUAUAAAAACUGUACUACUGUUAGCUGACCAAUUGCUGGAUAGAAUAGAAUAUAUACAUAGUAAAAACUUCAUACACAGGGAUAUCAAGCCAGACAAUUUUCUUAUGGGUUUGGGUAAACGUGGCAAUUUGGUGUACAUUAUAGAUUUUGGUCUUGCCAAGAAAUAUUGUGAUAGUCGAACUAAUGAACAUAUAAUGUAUAGGGAGAACAAAAAUCUCACUGGAACUGCUCGUUACGCUUCCAUUAAUACACAUUUAGGAAUAGAACAAAGUCGAAGAGAUGAUUUAGAGUCUCUUGGUUAUGUGUUAAUGUAUUUUAACCGUGGUUCAUUGCCAUGGCAAGGUUUAAAAGCAGCCACCAAGCGACAAAAAUAUGAGCGUAUCAGUGAGAAAAAAAUUGUGACCUCAUUUGAGGAUUUAUGCAAAGGAUAUCCAAAUGAGUUUUUAACAUAUUUGUUGUAUUGUCGUGCAUUAAGAUUUACUGAAAAACCGGAUUUUACCUAUUUAAGGCAACUAUUUAGGCAAUUGUUUCACCGUCAAGGUUUUACAUACGACUAUAUUUUUGAUUGGAACAUGCUUAAAUUUGGAGCUAAUGGUGCUCGAUAUAGUGGAUCUGAUGAUCAAAAAAAUGCGUCGCACCAAGAUAGUAGACGUGCAAUGCAAGACGGUAGCUCUCCCGCUACUAACGUUGUACCACUUACUAGUCGAGCUAUUCAAGCAGAUCAAAGUGGGAUAAAAAAUUUUUUAUCCAAAGUUCCUUUGGUACCAAUGGAUAAUUGUUCAGGCGGUGUAAUUCAACCAUUACAAUCAAGAUUGCGUUAUAGUGCAGAUCCUGGUUCAGCACGACCAGUCAGAACACAAACUCGGAGUUCAGCAAUGGCAACUUCUGAUUCACCAUCUGUUACUCAGCCUUUGCAAACCAAUGUCUCCGGUUCAAUGAUACCACCUGCGUGAGCCCCAAUUCGGGACAAAGCACUGGAUAGAACGCCAAUCAUGCACCAGCAUAAAUAAACUAUCAUGUUUGAAAUUAUGUAAAUAGCCUAGCCUGUUUUUUUCUAUUAUUAUUAUAAAUUUUACUUAUUUUUGAUUAAGAUGUAAUUAAGUAUUUUUUAUGUAAUAUGAGAAAAAAUCCAUUAUUUAAAUUUUAACAAACAUUUUAGGAACAAGUUGAAACAAAAAGAAGUUAUUAAAUAAAAAUUAAUAUUUAACCAAGGAAAAAAAUGGCCUAUGUAACAAUUUUACAAUA